CCCACUGCCGCUGCUGUGUAAAGUUCCCUUCUUUUAUUCCCCUGAUUUCCGGCCAUGUCUUCAGCUCCCAAGCUCCUACUUUCCUCUUCCUCAAGGCUGCCAAAAAGCCCUGACUCCGCCGCUUACACGGACCCGCCAAAUCCUACCCUGAACCCUAACCCCAACCCUGGAAGCGAUAUGACCUUUCCCGUCACCCCCUCCUCCGAACACCUCGUCCUCUCACGUGCAUCUCACCUCACUCGCCCGGAACUACUCAAGCGCCGAUCGCACCGCCUUAAACAGCUCUCCAGAUGCUACAGAGUCCAUUACUGGGCUCUCAUGGAGGACCUCAAGAUUCAAUACAGGGAGUACUACUGGAAGUUCGGCUUAAGCCCUUUCAAGCAAGACCUGAAUCAGGAGGUGGAGAGAGACCCUGCAAAUUCUAAUGUCGAGGGCAGUGGUGAAAACGGCAAUAACAACAAUGUUGAUGGUGGUAGUUUUGAUUUGAAGAACAAUUAUCAGUGUCUUUUUGUUGGGUGUAAAUUGAAGGCUAUGGCCUUGACGAGUUUCUGCCAUCUGCACAUUCUCUCUGACUCAAAGCAGAAGCUUUACAAGGCCUGCACAUAUGUCAUCAAGAGUGCUCAGGCAGGACCGAUUACAUGUGGAAAGCCGAUACUGAGAUCCAAUGUUCCUUCUCUUUGUUCAGUCCACUUUCAAAAGGCUCAGAAACAUGUCAACCAAGCCUUGAAGAAAGCAGGUCUUACUGUUUUGUCAUCAAGUAAGCCUGCUCCUAAGUUCCAUGUCGUACUGGCAGAGUUUGUGCAUCAAAUUCAGGCCAAAAGGAAAGCUGCACAAAAGGAAGAUAAAAGUAAAGCUGUACUUGGGGAAGAAAGCGCUAGCUGAAGCUUGAGCUUGAUAUCUGUGAAUGCAGUAAUAGCACAAAAUGGUGGUGCAUGCAAUGGGAAAAAUGUACAGAUAUUGGAUCAACUGCUUCUUUGAGAGUUUAGCAUUUGGUGAUCCUCAUCUCCGAUCUGCACCCUUGGGUUAAGCUGGAUCCAAUGUUAGUUCUGAUUAAAGCAUCGGCUCCAGAGUUUGAGCUGCCGGAGGACCUUGCGAUUGUUUGGUUGCUACACUACGCCUGCAUAUCUCACGCCGCACAAAUGAUGUCAGAUAUAAAGUGGAUUACACAGAUUAUUUGAGGACAAUCUACUUUGAUCUAAUUAUUCUCUGCUUAUAUUCAUGGACAAUUUGUAUCAGGAAAUUACCCCCCAAAAAAAAGAAGUAUAAGGAAA